CAUGCGCGGUGCCUCCGCAACAUGGCGGCGGAGUGAGGCGGCCGGCGGCGGGAGCCGCUCGAGGGAGGCGGGGGUGCCUCUGCCCCCGGCCCGGAAACUGUUGUACUGAAAGGAAGAAUUAACUGGUCUUUCAACUUCAGCCUUUUUAUUGUGAGAGAGAAGAUCACACAAGUGUUACCAUGGGGAGAACUACAGCUAAAGAUUCAAAGGAAAUUAAAAAAGAGAAAGAUGGAAAGAAUCAGCAGGCAAACAACCCGUCUUUAAAGAGUGAACAGUUUAGUUGGGAUGAUUAUCUGAAAGAGACUGAAUCAAUAGCUGCCCCUCUACACUGUUUCAAACAGUCCAGAAUUCCACCUACAAACGACUUCAAAGUUGGUAUGAAACUGGAAGCCCACGAUCCUCGCAACGCUACCUCAGUUUGCAUAGCUACAAUAAUUGGAAUCACUGGUGCCAGGCUGAGGUUGAGACUCGAUGGAAGUGACAACAAAAAUGAUUUUUGGAGGCUCGUGGACUCCUCAGACAUACAGCCCAUCGGGACCUGUGAGAAGAAGGGGGGCAUGCUACAGCCUCCUCUUGGAUUCCAGAUGAAUGCAUCCUCUUGGCCAAUGUUUCUCUUAAGAACUCUAAAUGGAGCUGAAAUGGCACCUGCAGCAUUCUUUAAGAAGGAACCACCAAAACCUGCGACAAACUCCUUUAAAGUUGGAAUGAAACUUGAAGCUAUAGAUAGAAAGAACCCAUACUUGAUUUGCCCAGCAACCAUUGGAGAUGUUAAAGGAGAUGAAGUUUUUGUUACGUUUGAUGGCUGGAGAGGAGCAUUUGACUAUUGGUGCAGAUGUGAUUCUCGUGAUAUUUUCCCAGUUGGAUGGUGUAGCUUGACAGGAGAUGCAUUACAACCACCAGGGAACAAUGUUUCCAUUACAAAGAGCAGUGCAAAAAUCCAAUCUUCCCCUUCCAAAGUGACCCGGCGUUCAAUGCAGUCUCCACAGAAAUCUGCUCCAGUACCAGCGCAGCGGGGCAGGAAACCAGGUCGGGGCAAACCCCCUGGACAGUCUACAGUUCCCAAGAAGGGCAGGUCUCCUAAAAAUAUUCCCCUGACCAAAAGCACCUCUCAUACUGAGAAUCUUAAAACAAGGAAAAAAAGUUUAAAACCUGGAAAAAAGAAAAAAGUCUUACCAGAGCAACUGACUCCUGAACCACCUCUUUCUUCUCCUGAUGGGGACAGUGGCACUACGCAGAUACUUAAAGAUGGAAUUAGUUUGUCUGGUGCAACUGCAGCAGUUAUAUCCACAGUGUGUGUUUAUGUCAACAAGCAUGGAAAUUCUGGGCCUCACCUGGAUAAGAAGAAGGUUCAGCAGCUUCCAGAUCACUUUGGACCAGGUCCCGUCAACGUGGUACUUCAGCAGGCUGUACAAGCUUGUGUGGAUUGUGCCUAUCAAUCCAAAACAGUCUUUGGAUUUCUGAAAUCUGGCCAUCAUGGAGGGGAAAUGAUAACUGGUAUGUCCAUCAUUUUGAACAGAUCGAUGCUUUUGCUUUCUGUAGCAGAAACGUUACCUAUAGAAGAAAACAGCACUUCCAAAGAGCAUCGCUUUUCUGAGGACUCUAUGGAUUCUGCACUUAAUUCUGUGAAUCUGUCAAGCCCAGCCCGUCGAAAUUCCACUGAAUAUCGUACUUCGGGGAGUGCAGCGUAUUACAGGAAUUCCUUUCAGCCAGUGACUGCUACCUCAAAUUCAGCCCCAAUCCUGCGCCGGCUGUCAUUGAGCUCUUCUGGGAACAGCAGUUACUAUGAAGUCAGUAGGAAUCGAAUACAGAGGAGGAUUGAGGUUGAACUUGCAUUUGCCACUUUCCCAGAUACUGGUAUCUUGGGACCCAGGAACCAAACACAAGUCGAACUAAUUCAUCUAGCUGCAAGUUCCACAACUGGACCAGAUCUGAGCUCACUUAAAAGGGAACCUUCAAGAAUAUCGAAUAAGGAUCCAUCCACAUGGUCAAUAGAGGAAGUAAUGCGUUUUGUGAAAGAAGCUGAUCCACAGGCACUAGCUCCACAUGCUGAACUCUUCAGGAGACAUGAAAUUGAUGGGAAGGCACUACUGUUACUGAGGAGUGAUAUGAUCAUGAAAUACAUGGGACUGAAGCUGGGGCCCGCCCUGAAGUUGUGCUACCACAUUGAAAAACUUAAACAAGGAAAGUACUAGCUGACGGGGGACACUGCAGCGUGUGUGUGUGCACACCACACUGAGCUCUCAGGUUAACUGCCAUCACCUUUAUUUAAAAGUUUUUUGUUGGUAUAAGUUAUCUGUAUUUUUUUGGAAGUUCUUUCAAAAUGUGAAAAAAGGGAUCUUAGGAGAAACUAGAGGGAAAAAAUGUAUCACAUUCUAGCAUUUAGUGAACGGUUUCAGCAGGCUUGCAGGGAGAGACAGUUGGUACUGGGCAAGUUGGGUAACAGCGCCAAAAGGUGCAUUCUCUGUUGCAGACUUCAGCCAACACGUUCAUAUUCAGAACCAAAACAGCUGAAUCCCAAAGGGAAAAACAAAAAACAGCAUCAGAUGUUAAUGAUUUUUGCAGGGAUGGCUGUAAACUUUUACGUUGCAAGGAAAAUGUAAAGUAGAAGAUCUAAUCUCAGCAGUAAAUACUGUGUCUGGUUCUCCAGCAGAGUAAUACUCAGCUAGAUGAUUCUUCAUAGAUUUCCAUAAAGGGAAUAGCCGUACGAGCAGUUCAGGGGGGAGGGAGGUGUAGGGAGGGAAGGGAUACGGAGGAGAGGGCUUCAAACAAAUCUAAGCUUUUAUAAAGUGUGAUUAUCAGUCCUUUGAUAAGUUACGAGGACAAAUGUGCAGUAUGUUGUCAAUUUAUGGAGGCAAUAAUAGUUCUGUUUCAUGGAAGGGCACAUUGGCUGUAUAAACAGCCUGUUCUGGGACAGACAGAUUUGACUGGAAUGACACAUCCACAUUUUAAAACAUUCCAUUUUUUGUGCUAAGUUUGUCAUGGGUACAUGUCCUCAUGCUUUUUAGAUAUACAUGUGUAUGUUGUUGGGGAGAUGCGCACUCUAUGUAUUUGAAAAUGCACAUACACACUGUACAUAUGUAUUCAGCUUUUAAUGUAUACUUUGCACUGUGCCAGAGAGAACUGUACAAUUUCUUGGGUUUUGUUUUUUUUAACCAGUUAUUUUAGUCAUGUACUGCUUUCAUUUCCAUCAGCACCUGUUUAAUUUGUUGUCCAUUCUUGGAGUCAGAAGGUGACAAACAAUCAAAGGGCGGAUUUACUCCUACAGGCAAAAUCCCUGUACUAUGCAAUCCUCGUGGUUAUUCAUCACUUAACUGAGCCAUAUAUUCUGGUGUAUUUCUGGAAAUACGUGGUUGGUUCUGAUGCUUAAGACUUGUAUUUCCUUUAAGGAAGUGCCACUGUGUAAUGGAUAAGCCUGUUUAGGGUAAAAUUGGUGCUGUUUAUAUAAGCUACAACAACCAGCAGUGAUAAUAAACCAGUUUGUUGUCACUGCCAAUUGUAAUAUACAUCAGGGACAAGAAAAUAUACUUUUGUGUAGGAAACUGAAUGUACUGUAUGUAAUAGUGCAAGUGAUGAAAACUAUUUGGUAGGGAAGGUUUAGUCCUAAAAUGGUAGGUUUUAUUAUAUUUCGUAUUGCCUUUUUAUAUGAAACUAUAUAGUAAAAGUGUAUUUUUUACAAAUUCCUUUUCCGAAACUGCCUUGCUGUACCAAUACUCUGAUGCUCCUCAGGUUUCAGCAGAAAUACUGCUGCAAAAUGAUGUGUUUUGUGGCUCACCGGCAUCCAAGAGCUUUGUUAGUUUAAGUGACUGCCAUGCAAUUUUAAUUUGGGCUUUGAGGAUUGUUUUUAUUACUCCAUUGUUAAGACAUUGGACACAAAAGGUUAUCUGUAUUGAUUUGUUUUGCAUAUCUUUUGUGGUGCGUGUGUGCUUAGAUGAAUAAUACAAGCAUGUUCUGUAUAUUAAGAAGAGGUCAGAGCAUUGAUUGGAAAAGCAGAAUAUUUUCUCUUUGUGUUUGGAAAAUACUGACUUGAUCAUUGAUAAAAACCAUAUGAAAGUUACAGUUAUAUAUUAAGAAAAACAUCAUGCCCCGCAUGUUGAGUAUGUUGUUUAAACCUUGCUUCCACCAUGAUUUAUUAUGCUGAAGUUCAGAGUUCCUUAGCGUAAAAAGGAGCACUGCUCAUACAAUUAACUAAACAGUUUUCAUUUUUCACGUUGCAGUUGGCAGAGGAGAAACAAAGAUGUUUAAAAUUUCGGUUUGGCCUCUAUGGAAUGAACUUUUUUAUACAUGGCACUAUUAUGGGUAUAAAUAUUUGUUCAAGGCUUUGCAUGCACCCGUGUGCAUGGCGGGGGGGGGGGAGGGUGUUACAAUACCAGAAUUUCACCACGUGCUGUAGUGUGAGAUUCAAGCGUUCCAUGUGUUGUAGCAGAAUAUAUUUUUUAUUCUUUCUUUUCAAUGGGAUGUCUUUCCCGUCAACAAAAAUAAAAUGGUUUUCCAUUGCA